AAACAACUUACGCCGCAACGCCGCCCUCACCUCGAUUCGAUUUGGCCGCGUGAAUUGAAAAUGGUCAUGGGUGCAUCCCAUGGCGUACAGUGCCGGAGAUCCUACAACUACGUCUAAGCUUUCGCGCCGACAAUGGCUACAGUCCGUUCCCUUGGCCUCCACGAACCCUCGGCCAUACCUUUCCUCGUCGCGGAAAAGCUCCUACCCCCGGACCCAUCUCAGAACCUCUAUGAAUGGACAACAAGUGUUGAAGAGGGCCCAGAUGGCCUAGUGGAGGACGAACUUACAUGGACGAAGAGCUGCGUGGUCUGGUCCCGUGCGGGGGUGGUGAAGAGAGUCUUUCGGCUGGACCUCGAGAAAGAAGAGAUUCGACAUGCCCUGUUGACAUGCUUCUCCGUUGGAAAGAUCAAGAGGUCCGAUGGUAAAGCUCAACAAGGGGCGGGGGGAGAAAGGAGAAGGCCCCGAGUAAACAACGACCCUGGCCGCAAUCGCGGUCCGCAUAGCCCACUUUCACCUGGCGAGUCGAAGGUUGCAGCCACAGGUGUGACCUUGAGCGUUCGUGGACGAGGGGCCCAAGAGACCAAUACUGGUGAAAAUGGCAGCACACUAUCUCGAGCGUUGGUGGUCGUGCUCAAGUCGCAGGCGCACAUAUUCUUCUUAACGGGCACCAGCCAUGUUGUUCCUCUUCCCUUUGAGGUCGAUUCCGUGUUCGCAACACCCCGAGGCCUACUGUUUCAAAGAAAAGUCCAGGAAGAAGAUAAAAAUAGCAAAGAGCCCAGUUUCUAUCCAAUGGCGCCACCCAAUUCGUUCAUGUCGUCUCAACCUACAAUCACGGACUUUCGCGCCUCCCAAUCUCUAGAAGUACCCACGGGAAAAGGGAAGCGUCCUUCGCUAACGAUAUCCCCCGUUCAAAGCACUGGCUUGAAGCCGCGGUCGCCUAAACAUGCAAAGCUUCCUAGGGUGUUCUCGCUCAUGGAUCCUCAUUCCGAGAUGGGACUCGUGGUGACCAACCAGACGUCGCGCUGGCUCCAGGCUAGUAGCUUGAACAGUAGACCUUCUGGGUUUGAUACCUUGGAUCCCGCAGAUGAGAUAGUAUAUGUUUCCCCUAAGGAUGAACUUUCUCAUUCGAGCCGAAGUUUAGCCACUGGCCCUUUGAUAAUUGUGAUAACAGUCAAUGUCAACACGGGGCUGUAUACCAUAUGGACUGCACGAUACAGGGAGGAUGAAACCGCUCAGCCCCCUCAAAAGAAGAAGAGACGGGAAACAGGUGGCACUCGGUCAAAAAGACGAAGUUCCCACUUUGGGAUGACAACGGGAACGACGACCCCCGGGGCUCGCCCAUCUGCUACUAGGGAGAGCUUGGGAACUAGAGGCGACGAUUGGAGCACACCGGGACUGUCGCAGUCUCAAUACUCGGUCGAGGGCAAGCCAGACGAAGAUGAUCUGGCCUCAAAACUGGGACAGGAUUUCGGCGACAUCGGAGUGCCAUUGAAGACUUCGCGGAGAGUGAGCUCUUUGCUCGCCAGAGCCGACCUUGCGGCCGGCCCAGAUAGACUUACGUUUUCUGAUCUUGCGACGGGAAGUCAAUCAAGCUCUGUCCCUCAUGGAGGUCUACGGCAGUCGAUAGGUGCUAGUAGCACGCGAGGCAGCUUUGGUUUCAAUCCACGAGGAUCUCUACCGCCGGGAAAUGGUUCCGUUUACAGCACCACAAGCAGCUUUGUUGACGCCCCCGUUGAUAAACUUCUACAGGAGUUGAAUGAUGAAAGCUUAUUCGAAGGCUUCGAGAAUAUGGACCUGAAGGAGUCUGCGUCGGGUCUCCCCGAAGAGGUUUUGCUAUCCAAGGUCGAGAGCUUCUCGUCCCGAUUCUCUGGCACCUUUCAGACAUCGAGUCAGUCAAAGUGGUCCCGACGCCUGAAGAUCAUUACCUUGUGUCCCUUUGAAACCGGGAAUGAACCCAAUGGAAAUUCGGCUACGUUGGCCAUUUGCGUUGUGGACCAAGAUGCAAAAUCCAUGUCCGUGAUCAAUCUCAGGGCAGACAAGGUUACGCAUCCUAAAAAAGACACUCUCUUCUCUAAGAAGCCAAAAAAGAGAUCGAGCUCCGAGGAACGGUCCUUGGUGGUACAAGCAACUGGCAUCCAGCAUUUCCCCGGUGUACAAGAUGCCUGCAAGAUCGUAGAUGGAGAGGUUCUGCGGAUUGUGACCUUAAGCACCGGGGAUAAAGGGAAAUCCGAGUUAUGCUUGCAGACUCCAUGGACAAAUCCUAUACCAGUUGAGAUUCCUAAGAAUCUCAUGUUAUAUGAGACAUACGGUAUAUCGUCUAACACAUUAAGCCGCCCGAGAGAAAGUGGCAUGAACCGGACCAUGGCAGACUCGUCCAUCGCUAUAUCUAGGAUCGACCAUCCUUCUACUCAAGGGAAAUUCGAUCUGGUGGACUCUCUGGGAAGGAGACACAAGCUCCAGAUUAAGAUGGAGCCUCAUAACGAGCUUGUGAAGACUAUCUUUAAGGUCUUCCGGUUCAUACUGCCGGAUUCCGAAAAAGCCGGCGAAGGAAUGCUAGCCGCUUGGUGGGAAACCGUGAAAUGGCUUCGUGGAAAGGAGACAAAUGAGACCGAUAUAGAAUGGACAAGUUUGGUCAUUGUGCUGUUUGCAAUGGCGGUGCCUUUCAUCGAGAACGAACAGGCACCAGCGCCCGCAAAGCCGACGCGAAGAAAGAAACGAUUGCUGCGGUCAAGUAGCGGAAGCUAUGUCGACCUGGAAAGCUGGGAAACAAUGCUGGACCAGGAAUCAGCUUAUGCUGGAGUCGUGGCCCCUUGGAUGAACAAUAGCUCCUGGGGAUGGAUUGUCGAGCAAGAUGCCGAAGAUGCUCUGAAUGCGAACUUCGGAAAACGAGCCUCGAAAACCGAACAGCAAAACACAAACCGAUCCACCUGUCGCAAGAACACCUAUCUGCUUCGAUGUGCAGCCUUGACUCGGGAAUUCCUGCAAACGCCUGAGGGCGCGGCGAUUGUGGGAAACGAUGGCCAUCUGCCAACAGCGCUUUCCUAUAGCCAAAGUUCACGUCGCGCUGCUCUGUGUACGAUCCUGGUAGGCCUGCAUCUUCUCCGAGAAGAACAGAAGCUUUCCAUCUGCGAGAACGAACUGUCGCGCAAAUCCCUGGGACUCCUGGCCCCUGUGUUGGCUCAAAUUGGUGGAUGGCUGGGGUGGAAAUCUUGGACAUGGGCCGAAGGCUCAUAUUAUGGCAUGGAGAUGUCCAGCAUAGACCGCUGGGAAUUCGAGAACACCCAAAUCUCCACGCUGGACGUACCCCCAGAGCCGUUCCAACCCCCUUCAAUCUUCUCUCAUGUUGAGAGUGCAUGGCGACAACACUCAUCGCGAUUCCUUACGCUUCUCAGCCUGGUGACUGCAUCCGACCGGACGUCUCGGAAGGGACGCCUGUGGCAAGAAUGUUUUAUCCUGACCCCAAGGACUCUGGCUUUGGAUGGAUUUCUCUCGGAGGUGCACAACCUAUCAACGGCAUUCGAGCGCAUCAAGCUCCUCUAUCGCUGGGGAUUCACUAGAAGCAUCAUUGAGACUUUGCCCGAAGGAGUUGCCACGCCAUUGUACGAGAUUAUCAUGAAGUCACAAAUGCAUGCUUCCACGUCGUGGAGCUCGACGCUAUUGGAACUUAUCGACCGGGAAGAUCUAAGCAUCUCAAUGCAUACCAACAACCAUGGGCCCCCGUCGUCGCCAUUGCAGCCUAUCUUGUCCCACGAGGCAAUGCGUGACUUCCAUCAUAUCGGAACCUCAGCUUUGGAUAUCGACGCGAUCAACUCUUUUGAGGCGUCCGCUGAAGCGGAUAGAUUCUCCGUAACGAGAUUGAUUUUCCGUGAAGACAAGCGUUUUAUCGAGGCUGCUAGACUACUAAACCAAUCUAAAGCCCCCAUAGCAGAGUGUGCCCCUGAGCCUGAAUGGACUGACUCGGACCUCCUCGAAGCACAGAAAGAAGUGGUGCAGCUUGUGACAUUACGAACCUUGUCAAUUCCCACUGGCCGGGCUAUGCUAGCCUUCAGCGGACGCCUACCUCUGUUGACCGAGAAACUACCGAUUCCGUCGUUCUCAUUGCAAUGCGUUAUGAAGCCUUCAAACGUGACCGUCAGCGCCGACCGGGCUUCAUUCAGCGAGGAGAAAGUAUGUUGGGCCUUCUUCCAUAAUGGCGUCUCAACAGGACUUGCUAUAUCGAGGAACUCCAAGGGAAUAGAUACAUCGUGGAUCCUCUUUAACAAGCCCCAGGACCUUACGAACAGGCACGCUGGUUUCCUGCUUGCACUAGGCCUCAACGGACAUCUCAAAUCUUUGGCCAAAUGGGUAGCUUUCAAGUAUUUGACACCAAAGCAUACAAUGACCUCCAUUGGGCUGUUGCUUGGCCUGUCCGCAUCCUAUCUUGGUACAAUGGAUACCCUGAUCACUCGUCUGUUAUCGGUGCACGUCACAAGAAUGCUUCCUCUUGGUGCGGCCGAGCUCAAUCUGUCUCCGCUGACGCAGACUGCGGGAAUCAUGGGAAUCGGCCUGCUCUACUGUAAUUCGCAGCAUCGCAGAAUGAGUGAAGUCAUGUUGUCGGAGAUCGAAAACGUGGAACAAGAAGAGGGAUCUCCGUCAUCGCACGGGGAUCUGCGCGACGAAGGCUACCGCUUGGCUGCUGGCUUUGCGCUUGGUUUCAUCAACUUGGGUAAGGGCAAGGACCUCAGAGGAAUGCGAGAUAUGCACAUCGUGGAGAGGCUACUGGCUGUCGCGGUGGGAACCAAGAACGUGGAUAUGGCCCAUAUACUCGACCGGGCUACUGCGGGCGCGACGAUUGCCCUGGCAAUCAUUUUCAUGAAGACCAAUGAUGAGAUCCUGGCACAGAAGAUUAACAUACCAGAUACGACCGUGCGUUUUGACUAUGUUCGGCCAGACUUGUUCCUUCUUCGCACCCUUGCCCGGCACAUCAUCAUGUGGGACAGUAUUCAAGCCAGCGAUGAAUGGUUUAUUCAGAGCUUGCCAAGGGUUUACCGUCGGCGUUAUCGUCUAGCUGGUGUCCGGCGCCUGAAGAGCGACGACAUGCCCUUUUUCAACAUCAUCGCCGGUCUUUGUUUCACUCUAGGUCUCCGCUACGCUGGUUCCGCGCAGACUGCAGUGCGAGAUCUCCUACUGUCCUACCUAGAUCAAUUCAUCCGCAUCUGCAGGUUACCCGUGGUGAAUUACGAUGGCAAGCUCGCGCGGAACUCGGUUCGACACUGUCAAGACGUUGUUGCGCUCUCAGCAGCGGCAGUGAUGGCCGGGACUGGAGACCUGGCAAUCUUCCGACGUCUGCGCUCUCUGCAUGGUCGUGUAGACACCGAGACGCCGUACGGCAGUCAUAUGGCAUCACACAUGGCUGUCGGUUUACUGUUCUUGGGUGGAGGGAGCUACACCCUGGGGACCUCCGAUCUAGCGAUCGCCUCACUCAUCUGCUCGUUGUAUCCGAUUUUCCCGACUACGGUGCUUGACAACAAAUGCCACCUUCAGGCAUUCCGUCACUUAUGGGUUCUUGCUGCCGAGCCUCGCUGCCUGGUGCCUCGCGACAUUGAUUCUCGACGUCCUAUUUCCAUCCCGAUCACGUUGACGGAUUUGAACGGCGAAAGCCGCAAGAUUGCCGCGCCUUGCCUGCUGCCCGACCUGGGAGACAUUGCUAAAGUCGAGGUCAGCAGUGCCGACUUCUGGCCUCUGGUGCUUGAUUUCACGAACAACCCCAUCCUCCGCGAGAAAUUCCGUCUCGGCGACCAGUCUGUUUACCUUCGACGCAAGACCAACUACAACCCCACAGGCUCGUCGGUAUUCGUCUCGACCCUCGCCGGACAUGGAGAGGCGCAGGACGUGCUCCCGUCAUCCACGUCGAUAUCAAACCAAGGCAAGGGCCUGCCACCGGCAGCAUGGCCGAACCUCAACGCCUUGCUCACGUCAGGCACAGUCAGCCGCACGCCUCCUUCGCCCGCGCAAAGCAUGUGGGAAUGGGUAUUCAACCUGAAAUCCCUUCAAGGACUCGACGCCCGCGAAAAGGCCUUGGUGCUACCGGCGUCGUUCCCCACACGCGCCCGCCCAUCCAACCUAAGCACCGUAUCCUACGCCCCCUGGCUGCGCCAAUCCGCGGUCGACAGCAGACUCGUGAUCGAAAGCACCGCGCAGAAUAUGAUCCAAGCCAUGCUGGGCCGCGGCGCAGACCCCGACGAGGUCCGCGACCGCAUCUGGCAGCUUCGACUUCUGUUCAGCUGGAUUGAAAGCGAGUCGGACGACCGAGCGCGAACAACGGACGAGGAGACGGAGGGUUCGUUCCCGGCAAGACAGUCGGAUAGCCCGUGGCUUCGACGCGACUUUUUAGAGGAAAUUCGCUGGAAGAUCUGGGGGAUUCAGGUCGGGGAUUGUGCUUGAUGGAUGGAUGUUCUGGCUCUUGUUUUUUUGUUGUGCUUGCGAAUCUGUAUGUACAAUGCGCCAUGCUAUGUUCGAGGAUUAUGAUUACGAUUAGGCGUUCU